UCUACAUAUUGAAUUGCCUUAAGAAGUUGUCAACUUAAAAGGCGGGUCAGCCUAGUAUAAAUAAGUAUUUGCAAACAGGUUCGUUUUUCACUUUAGCAACACCGCCCAACAAAAAAAAAAAAAAUGCCGCGAUAAAGUUGAUUUUCGGAGCGACGUCUCCCUUGGCGCAUGAGGAAAUAAAACACAUCAGCGCUAGCGAGCCGAGCUCAUAAAAUUACGGAAUAAAACAAGAAAUUUAGAAAACGGCGUCACGGAGCCUUCCAUGUAAUGGAUAGAUACCUAAUUAUGUAGCAGCUAGUCGGUGGCAUCCUGUCAGGGAAGCACAAGACGAAUUCCUAAGUUUAAGUUGUAGAAGAGAAGUAGACGGGCAGGGACGUCCUAUUUAAUUCCGGUCCUCCAGAUUCCAUACUGACAAAAAGGCGCGUCCCCUGAGCACAGCUCCGCACCAGAGGUGAGUUACACCUGUGGCCAGGCAUCUACGGCUGAAACUGUAAUUAAAAUCUACCUUCGAAGAGAGAGAGAGAAAAAAAAGGUAGUUCACAAUGCCUGGAAGAGACCUUAGGAAUGCACUUGCGAUUUUAGUUUGUAUGGUUCUGUUCUUCAUCAUCUUGGGUCCAUGUAAUUUAAGGCAGUUCUCUCAAUAUUUAAGUCCUGUGCCACCAGAUGACAAAUUUAUUUUGGUCAAAGACACAAUUUCUCAGAUUGAAAGUGCCAGACAUCUUCAGGUGUCCGCCUACUUGGAUGAAAGGAAAGGAAUCCAAGUCGUUCGGAUCAUCACCAUGUUUUACAGAAAAGGGCCAAAUAAUCUUCUUUGUAUUUUUAACUGCAAAAGUGGCCUCCUCCUUAUCAGCCAGGCUGUGAUAGAACAGCACAGUGACAAUUUUGGCUUCGCAUUUGUAACUGCAGAUAUUUUUUGUACAAUGUCCCAUGCAUGUAAGGCCACACAUGUCUGUCUUCGAACACAAGAGUUUUUACUAAAUAACUUGAAUGCGAUACCAAUUCAAAAUCUGCAACAGCGUAAUGAUGGCUUUGAGCGAGACUUGACGGUCUGCAUCUCCAAUCUCUUUGGUGACUACAAUAAUGUCUUGCAGUUCAUCCAGACCAUGGAGGUGUACAAGAUACUGGGGAUCGGGAGAGUAGUGAUCUACAACACCAGCUGCAGCCACAUGCUGGAGAAGGUCCUGCAGUACUACGUAAAUGAGGGCACCUUGGAGGUGAUCGCUUGGCCGAUCUCGGAUUUCCUCAAUCCUUCAUUUGGCUGGAAGUUUGAAGAGCACGGUGGGGACAUUCACUAUUUCGGCCAGCUCACGACUCUCAAUGACUGUAUUUAUCGCAACAUGUACAAGUCCAGGUUCCUGCUUCUUAAUGACAUUGAUGAGAUCAUUGCACCUUACCAGCACACAAAUCUGAAAGUGAUGAUGGAUGAGUUAGAGAAGGAACAGCCUGACACGGGCGUAUUCCUAGUAGAGAACCACAUCUAUCCAUUUAACGUGUUUGAUGAUAGUGGAAGGUUCAAUCUAUCACUGUGGAGGCAAGUACCAGGAAUAAAUAUCAUGGAGCACAUCCACAGAGAGCCAGACCGUAAAAAUAUUGCAAAUCCUACCAAGAUCAUAAUUAACCCCCGUAAAGUGGAGCAGACGUCGGUGCACUCCGUUCUGAAGAGCUUUGGAAACCAAUACAGGGUGCCUUUUGAUGUCUGCAGGAUCGUACACGUGCGGGUACCUUUACAGGGCCAUCUGUCCAAAGAGGAGCUGAUUGUGGACACCAAAUUGUGGGAAUAUCACAAGGAGCUGGUCCCGAGGGUCAAUCAAGUCAUUCGAGAAAGUGGCAUUUUGAACUAAGGGCAUUGCUAGGUUUGUGCCAAGAUAUGAAGUAGAUCUCUUUGAUGGGUUUUCACCCUGAGAUGCAGAAGUUGCACAAAGUGAAAAAUCUAGUCCUUGGUGGUUAGUAACCAUGAAGGAGUGGCUGACAUGCAUAGAAUUGUGUGUAUUUGCUACCCCCAUUAUACGAGAUGUUGUUACAGGUAUUUCAUUUGUGAAUAUGUAUUUAUAAAAUAUGUGAAUUUAAACACUGUGUUAAUCUGUGUAGAAACAGUAAGAUAUGGGACACUUCAGAACUGAACCAGUUUCAAGAUUCCGCUCCACUUCUAGACUGAGGACUCUCUAAAGGACGAUCAUCUGGCUUUUGUCAGUAUUACUUUCUACUUCAGGAUCAUCAGCAGCUUUCCUAAGAAUGAAAGUACCUUAAAAUUUAUCCUCAUUGUUCCAAUGUAUCCUGCCUACUACUCUGGUCCCAUGCACUUUGAGCAUUCUACUUUGUAAGAGAGGGCACUUCGUUCCAGCCAU